UGUGUGGUUGCGUGACAGGGAUCUGUUUGUUUGUGUGUGUUGUGUGUGUGUGUGUGUGUGUGUGUGGACCCAGCCCUUGACCACUCCUAUACCCGUUGUCGAGAAACGCCGUAAUCCAGAUGUGCCGCUCUUCUUCCGUUCACACACCCACUGUGGAUUAUUUCGCAAAAAAACCACAGAGUAGCCAGAAGAGCCACCUGUGAAGAGGCCCUCAGCAACCCUCGUCAUCAUGCUGAUCCUUCUCGCUGGCAUCUUUGGCAUUCAUAUCAUAGGCAUCAUCAUCCUCCUGGUGGCCACCAUUGACAAUGCCUGGUGGGUGACUGAAACAAUCUCCACUGAUGUGUGGGCUCGGUGGAUUGAGGUGAACGGGGUGUGGAACCUCACCGAUAUUCCCACAGGUGCACACUACCCACAGGAUUACCUCCAGGCGGUGCAGGCCAGCUCCGUCCUCGCCUGUAUUUUCUCCAUCAUCGGCAUCUUUGUGUUUGUGGCUCAGCUGUUCACCCUGGAGAAAGGACAGAGGUUCACCAUCUCCGGCGCCUUCCAGCUGCUCGCCUGCCUGUGCAUCAUGAUCGCAGCCUCCAUCUACACCGACCGCUUCCACAAGGAGGAGAACUUCGGCUGGUACGGUCACUGCUUCAUCCUGGCGUGGAUCGCGUUCGCCCUCACCUUCAUCUCCUCCAUCAUUUACUUCGUGUUACGUAAGAAGACGGCGUGAGAUGGACACUAGAAGCUAUUCCCGACCCCCCCCCCCCCAAAAAAAAGACCCUUGGCUGGAUCUACCCUCGCUGCUGAAAUGUGAUUUAUUUUUUUGUCACAGAUGUUGUAAUAUUGGACAUCAGAUUUGAGCUGCUAGUGUAUAUUCAGCUCAAGAUAAAGCAGACCUGUUGAUCCCUUCAAAUGCUAUCAUUGUUUAACUGAGUCUGCUGUCAGUGAGAAGCAGGUAAAUAACGGCUGUAUUUGAGACUGUUUUCACCCAGAUUUUGGGCUGGAUUUCUACAGACUAAGACUUUUUUUGUUGUUAACUGAACAGAAUUUGCCUUAAGAUAUAAGACGCCAUGAUAAAUUAAGAUCUGUCACUAUUUCUAGCAGGUUGAAGAGUCAAAUCUGUGGUAGUUUGUUGUUUUUGUACAUUAACAUUGGAUAAAAAGGGGCAAGUUUAUUUUUCUUAUUUAUUUUAUUUGGUCUUACUUAAUUAAAUGUGCCACUAAUUAAACAAAUGUGGUCAAAACAAAUCCAUUCCUCUGUGGCAGAUUCAUGUGUAAUCUAAUGAUAAGACUAUAUAAUGAUAUAGAAGAUCAAAUCUGUACAAUAAUACACCUUUUUUUUGUAAUUAUUUGUGAUUACAGACAGAAAACCGGUUUAAAAAAUGACUUGCAAAACUCUUACACUACAUUAAUGUGUUCCCAGUUAAUACACAAGUAGUUUAUAUUUUUUAUUUUAACCUCUUUUGAAACCCAAAUGAACUAAAAUGAUAUCCAUUCGGGCCUUUUUACAUUAACUCACAUAUUAAACAUAUUUUCCGACUGUUAAUCCAACCAUAUAGGGUCCAAUCUGCUCUGUUUUCCCCAAAUGCAACUGCCUUAAAGCGUGAGAUAUGACGUGGUGUAAAUAUGUUUCCCUUAAUGCUCUGUAUGUCUAAGGCUGUUUUAUUUUUGCUACUGUUAUUGUUCAUCAUCGAUGACAAUAACAAGGAUUUUUACACUAUUAAAACUUGAUUUCCGACCAAUAA